UUUUUUUUUAGGUUAGAGAGUUUGAGAGGGGUCUCAUCUAAGAAAUGACUAGUCGGAGACGGGCUAACCCAAACAACGAACGAGGGGAGGUAGGUAGGGAAGAAACACGUUUCGUUGCUCUGACUCUGAUUCAGUCCGCCAUUGGUGUCCAUCGAAGAAGUUCAAACUACAAUCCUCACUCUCACUCCUCUCAGCGUUUACUCUUUAAUCUUCCUACACUACGCUACUACUAGUAACAAGGUUCUCAUGACCCAACCUCCUCCUCCGUUUUCUCAUCCACCUUUCACUUCUUUACCCUCUAACCCAAACCCUAGCUCUCAAUUCCAACACCCACACCCCCAAAACCUUACUCCUCAUACUCCGGACCUCUCCGCCACUCUCUCAACUCUCAAUUCUCUUAUUCACCAAUCUGAGCAGACUCUUCUAUCCCUUUCUACUCUUCUGCCACUCCAACACCCUAGUCAGACCAACCUCAAUGGCUUUGUAUCUUGCUCAUUCAACCCCCAUCACCUCUUGCCACCCGACUCCCUCUUUGCUCAUUUUCUCAGCUGCCCCUCCUCUCCUUCCCCUAUUCAACCUGACCUUCUUCCACCUCUUAAUUACACCCAAACUCUGAAACCCACCGCUUCUUCGCAGCCUGAAAAGGGUUUUCUUCAGUCGGUUCAAGGCUCUGAUUUUGAGCUUUGCUUCUCUUUGGAUGAUUUCUUUGCGGAGUUUGGGUGCAAUGCAUUCUACCAUGAUUGCCCUGGUGUGGUUAGUUUGUCUGCUAUAAAUGGUGUCAGUAGAACAUUUACUCUUCCGUCAAUUUUGUCCGCUCAAUGUGCUAAUUUUGUGAGCAAAGGGGAUAUAGAGACGAAGAGCUUUGGGAGAGAUUGUAGAAAGAUUCUUCCUUCAGAGUUGUGGGCUACUAGAGCUGAGGUUGAAAUGUGGAAUGAGUAUCCCACUGUAUACUCAUACAGAGUUCUUUGUGCCAUUUUGGGGUUGGAUUUAACUGGAGUUAAUGGCUUGGCGAGAUGGGUCAUUGCAAGUUCGCCCAGAUAUGGAGUUGUGAUUGAUACGGCUAUGAGGGAUCACAUAUUUGUGCUCUGCAGGCUUUGUUUGAAGGCAAUUCUCAAAGAAGCUUUAACUUUGGUGGACAAUGGUGAUUCCGAGAUGAUUCCAGGGAAUACGAGCUUUAAUUGUCCAGUUCUUGUUCAAGUUUUAACGUGGCUGGCAUCUCAGCUUUCCAUUCUUUAUGGUCAAAUAAAUGGGAAGCUUUUUGCCAUAAAUAUUGUCAAGCAAUGCAUAUUAGAAGCUGCGUCAUCUGUAUUAAUUUUCUCAAUUGAGCAUAAUGUGAAAGAGUCUCCUAUUGAAGAGUUUCAUCAUAGUUUGGAUAUGAAUUCAAAUGAUAGUACUGGUAAUGUCAAAGUGGAAGAACCACUUGAAAGAGGUACUGAAGAAGAACAUAAUAGCAUAUUAGAUGAAAGUGUUACGGCAGGGGUGAUUUUUGUUUCUCAGGUAGUGGCAGCAGUUGCAGCACUGCAUGAAAGGUCCUUGUUUGAAGAUAAAGUUAAGGCACUACGGUCUUACCAACCACUUACUAACUAUCAACGGAUGGCAGAGCAUAAUUAUGUGUCACAAAGGGCUGAUGAAGAGCGAAAAAAACGUCCUAUGUACAGACCCAUAAUUGAGCAUGAUGGCCUACCUCGGGUGAAAAUAUCUAAUGAGGAUACAAACAAGAACAGGACUAGAGAGGAAUUAUUAGCCGAAGAAAGAGAUUACAAAAGGCGAAGAAUGUCAUACCGUGGCAAGAAGGUGAAGCGAUCGCACUUGGAGGUUAUGAGAGAUAUUAUAGAAGACUACAUGGAUGAAAUCAAACAAGCUGGAGGCAUUGGGUGCUUUGAGAAGGAAUCUUUAGUAAAGGAUACAAUUCCAUUUAAACCGCCUUAUGCAUCCGACUCAACCACGUAUGCUGACAUGCCUAAGAAAAGUUACCAUGACUCAUCAACCGCUGGAGAUAGUCCAAAAUAUCACCAGUAUCAGUUACACUCUGAUUAUAGGACUCAUGCUACAACUUCUAAGGGUCCUUUGGUGAAAGAAUAUCAGCAACCAAGAAGAGGCCAUCAUGAUAACCAUGAACUCUCUGAGGAGGGUGUCAAUAGGGAUAAACACGAUAGAGAGUACUAUUCCAAAAGUAGUCCAAGACAUGUCCGGUCAAGUGAGUGGCCUCGUAGACCAAGGGAACAAGAUGAAAUCGAUGUUACCAGAAUCAAGCAUCAUGACAGUAAACACUCAUCUUCUAGACUAUCUAAACAUCAUGAUAACAGAUCAUCCGGCUCCUCGAAACAUUCUGAUUACAGAUCAAAAUCUAAAGAUCGGCGGCACAGGGAAAGAUAUGAGAAUACUUUUGAGGAUAGAUACAAUCCUGCAGAGUCUCAUGACACACAUGAAGGCGGUAACUCUUCUACCAGCAACUAUUACAGAGCAGAUAACAUUCAUAAUGAUGAGAAUUGAACCAGGGACCACAAACUACAAUGGGACGGUUUCUACUUUGCCGUUCUUGUACGAAGUCUUCAUCCUCCAACAGUUUUGUUUACAUCCGUAUCCUCCUUUUGUAUCCUUGAUAGUUUUUUUUUCUUGUUUAAUUUUCUAUCAAGCAAUAUCUUUCAUUUUUUAUUCACAUAAUUAUUGGUUAUGAUCAUAUUUCACUAAACACGAAGGCUAAGUGUACAGUUUACUGCAUUUUAUUUAGACUAAAUCAGCAUCAUCAUUUAUAGUGUUAUGACUCGUAUGGUUAGCUCACUACUGUUUUCUCAGGCAAGUUAACUUUUCUAGUGUCAACCCUCAUUUGAUGGACUCAAUUUCAUGAGCGCCUACUAUAAAUUUUGAAGUAGUUACAAUAUGGGGGCAGGUUUUUCUAUCUGGUAAAAACAAUAGUUUUUGUACCGUUUAUAUCUUCAGCUGCUAGAUAAUAGAUUUACUUUUUGAGAAAUCUAAUUGAUAAAGUUGUGUAAUAUUUAAAAAUAAACGUGCUAGUUGUUAUAAGUUCAAAAUACAUCUUAGAUGCAUUGGGCUUUUGGUGUAAGAGGGGGACUAGUACUAUUAUGAUAUUAUGAUAUGAUUAGCAAUUAUUUAUAAAUUUUAUC